AUGGAGACUGGAACGUUCCAUAACCCAGUUACCGGUCAGUAUUGCCCAAUCAGCGAAGCAGUCCGUAAUGGUAUGGUCCAUGUACGCAAGGAAUCAAGUCGGAGUGAGCUAUCAGGCAGUGUUCAAUCUCUCAGCUCCCGUGGUCAGAAGCGCCAGGCCACUCCUAGUCCAAUGGUUCCAAAGAAAAGAAGUACGCUCAGCAAUUCAUUGCGCAAUCUGCUUCGUUCACAUUCACCUGCCAAAUCACGAACCGCGCCUGUAUCACGAGCGCCAAUGGACGAUUCCACGUCUAGUGAUCAGACGUUCUCUACUGGUGGUCGAACCGAAACAAAAACAGUUCGCAUUCGAACUCGUGGUCAAGAAUCUUCCAGUUCUGGUCGCUUUUGGACCAAAUCACGUACAGCUCCGUGGCGUCGCACGACAACCCCAACUGUGGACGACUCGGCAGCUCAAACUCCACGACCUGUUCGAAAGAUGCCAGUAGAAAUGCGUCUGCGCGAGCGAAAUUGCGUGUUGUACGCGUUCUACUAUCUUCAUGACGAAGUUCGAGUAGAAGCAGCUAUCACGGAGUCAAUGCUACGCGAAGGACGAGUAGAUGUCCGACGGGGGUUAGUCUGUGAUCCUACUAGUGGUAUGCUCGUUCCUGUAAACGAAGCCCUCACCGAGGGUUUUGUUUUUGGAAUUGUGUUCACCAAAGCUGAACGGGUUCCCGUACCGGAUCCACGCUCACAGGAAACUGAAUCGUCCCAUCCGGAUAAAACAACUGUCUACUGGCUUGAAGUAUUUCACUAUCGACAUGACAUUUAUCAAAUCGAGCGCGUCUAUGACCCUUACCUGAAAAAGCUAGUUCCUUUGCAAGAGGCGUUGGACACCGGUAUCGUUGACCCUAUUCAUUGCACAUACACACAUCCAGUCAGUGGUGAUCUAUAUUCUAUCGAGGAUGCACUUUAUCGUGGUUGGAUUCAGGCCUUGCCAAUCGGGAUGCCCCCUCCCUUCGACCUGAUUAGGGGCACUUUUGAUAACAUCCACGUUCGUACGGUUGAAGAGGGCUAUACGUUCACUUCGUUUACUCCCUCCAUAAUCCCACGAGUUCCUUUGGCUCCCACGAUAACUCCAAGCAGAUUGUCUAAGACUGUAGAAACGCAGUCCACGUCUGAUGUCGAAGAUGGUGUUCGGACUACGAUGAGUGUCAAACGUUUGCUUCCAGGAAGACCUGUCCCACAAUUUUAUCCUAGUCCACGUUCGGGGGAGAAACUGAAAACCAGUUACUACUUGCAACCUGGUUAUCGGCUUCGACCGGACGGACUGGUGGAAAAUACACAAACAGGAAAAUGCAUGACAAUGGACGAGGCGUUUCAAGGAAAAUACGCGAGUGAGGAACCAAUUGAACAACAGCCUGUCAAACAGUUGGAUGUACGAGGCUUCGCCGAGCAAGCGCGUCCAUUCAAUCCAGACACCCUAGUACCAAUAGUUGGUGGAGGUCAGGUUCCAGCAACGUGUCUUUCCUUAGUUCGUUAUCAGCGUGCGACUGAACUUCCGUCCGUUCUACCGGAACCGAAACGAUCUCAUUGGAUGCCUCGCUAUAUCACCUUGGAAACCGCACUUAAACGCGGUUGGCUUGAUCCUAACACCGGACGUUUGCAUACUCAGAAUGGCCACACAAGUCGUAUGGACCUCAUAGAAGCCGUGGAACAGGGACUCAUAGACCCAGUGGAAAUACUUGUGCGCAUUGUAAACCCAAUGGAAGCUGAUGUUUCUGAGCCAGUCAUGUGUGGUGACCAGCCGGUUAGCGUUUACUAUAGCUUGGCUACUGUCCUUGAUACCGCUACUGUGAUUGCUCAAGCCAUGGGUCAUCAGGUUGAGGUUAAUCGUUGGAACAAACGUCUUCUGCAAGCGAUCCUAUCUACAGCAAAUCAAUCAAUAGACCAACACUCCAGUACUCGAGUUGUGGUUCGAGUACAACCAAACAUGAGUGAAAAACAUUAUGCCGCUUUACAAAGCAUUAUCGUUUCAACAGCCGGUGCCAGUGAUUCUGAGACUACUGAAAGUGAAGGUUUUGUUGCCGAUUUGAAGGCAGUCGUACAAACCAGAUUAGUGACUACCAAACAGGCAAUUGAAGGAUUGCAUGCCAACAAUCAGACUGCAAUUAUUAAAAAGCUAAGUACUCACCAAGAAUUAGAGAUAACAGAUGCACUAGACAAGCAGAUAAUAAAGAGAAACACACCUCUAAUAAUGGGAACAACUGCUUACGACAAAGUGGUCUUCCUACGAGCAACCACAAGUGACUUGAUAUUAGAAGUCAACAACAAUCAAAAUACUACAGACACAACACAACAUCUGAGAACAACCCCGAGCGAAACCAACCACAAAGCAAGAAAGCCAGAUCUGACAUCGUCAUCCGACGAACGGGAAAAGAAUAGUAUUGUGUCUGAAAUAUCUGAAGCGGACGAGUUUGGCGAUCAGCUUACCGGUCCGGGUGUGGAUGUUCUUACCGGUCCGGGUGUGGAUGUUGUUUCUGGUGUUCCCGUUUCCGCGAGUGGCGGAUUUGUGUCGGAUCGUGAUGCGUUUGUAUCGCCAACGGAAUUGGCUGGUUCGGUUUUGCCCGAAUCCGGUUUGUCGGAUGAGGGUUUGGUGUCCGGCGAAGCUGGUUCUACUGCGAGCAUUCCGUGCGCCGUUUCUGUGGCAGUUCCCGUUGGGGAUGAAGUCUCUGGCAAAGCUGUCCCGACGGUUGACGAUUUGAGCGCUAUUGGUGCGGAAGUAUCUGUGUCUGAUUCUGUCGCGCACGAUAGAGACGCUGUUCCUGCCAAGCCUUCUGGUCUUCUGUUGUCGGAAGCGCUUGAAUCCGGUUUGAUUGAUCCGGUCAGUGGUAUGGUUCGUGUUCCAGGCACGUCAGACGAGACAAUGUCGCUGUCGGACGCGGUAGCUUCGGGUGUGAUUUCUGGCGAUCAGUCAAUGGUUGUGGAUCCUCACACAGGUCGUUUGGAGAGUUUGGGCAAGAUGCUUUUGAUGGGCGCUUUGGCUCCCGGAGUUCUGAUAGCGCAUGCUGUUCAGUCUUUGCGUGAUUCGAAGAGUUCGGCUGGUUUGGUUCCGUCGGAUGGUGUUUCGAGUGUAGUUGAGGGUGAGGAAUCUGGUUUGGACUCCCAUGCACUGAUUGCGCAACUGGGAAUCGCACUAGACAAAGAGAGUGAUUGGAUUGUCGCUUGCGAGGAUGACCUACUGCAUAUGGGCAAAGUCAGCUUGGAUGAUGCUGCCAAUCGACAGCUCGUGGACGAUCACCAAGACCUGUUGGAUCGAUCUCGACAACAUCAACCGGAGGUACGGGCGGNNNNACGGGCGGUUCUAUUUCAAGCGGAACAAUUUCUUCAGUCGCACCAGAACAACGUUCCGAGCACAGUUUCUGAACCGUUGCGAGCACGUGCAGUGGAAGUUCGCGAACGAUUGGAUCGGGUCCAACGUGAAACCGAAUUUCGAGUUCGUACUCUGAUCACAAGCCUGGAUGAGUUGGAACAUCUGACUGACAAACUUCAGACUGUUCGUAAACUGUUGGAACGUUGCGAUCAAGGUGCUAUCAAAUCCCUCACGGAUACUUCUCGUUCCAGUCUGGUUUUGAAUACGUACGACGACUUGAAAGGCUUGUUGCCCAGAUUGCAUACCAUCUUAGCUCAAGCUCAAGCUGCGCAAACCGAGGUGAACAAUUUGCCGCAUUUGGCGCGUAAUUUUUUGAGCUCAGUUAAUCGAUACACGACAAGCAAGAAUACAUUCCGCUCAUCAUUGGGUCGACCGAGUGGUGAUUCGGGUGCGUCCACUGAGGACAAUCGUGAACUGGAACAAACAGUGCUCGAUGCUGUUCGUGAAGCGGAUGAACGUUUGCGGACACUCACAACGGGUGUGCACAAUCGAAUCCAAAAUAUCACCGAAACCACUGGGCAGUAUCAGAGUUUUGUAGACGAACUGGAACGUCUGCGGUCCGGUUUAGACCAAAUUGAAGCCGAUUAUCAGAGAGACUUAACUGAUUCGGAUCUUUUUGAAAAGUCACAAGUUCGCUUAACAACGGCCCAACGCAAACGGUUGCAGUCACAUACGGACACCAUGUUCACCUUGGCCGGUGAAUUGAGUACUAUCGGUUGUGCAUUACAAAAUGUGCAGCGCCAUUUGGUGGACCCCCUUUGUGAGCAUUUGACCAAUGCUGGAUUGAAACCAGCCGUGGUCGAUGAGAUGGUCCGCCAACCACUGAGUGCGGAAUUGGAACGGCAUGCUCGUUUGCACGACCUCGUUCACCAACGUAGCACAGACUUGGCUCAACUGCUCGCAGACAAACAGGCAGUGACCGACACCCUUAUCGCUACCAUGGAAUGGGCAAACCAGACUGAACGGCAACUAUCUAGUUUGGAUUUGACUUUGACCGACGAUGUGGACCAUCGUCUAAGCCAGACUCAUCGUUUUCAGGCCGAAUUGGAGGCGCAACAGGCAGCGUUGGAAGUGGCUCGAGAACGAGUUGAUGCGAUCAUAAACGAAGCAACUUCCGAACAAAGAGCACUCAGCGAUUCGGACGUGGCGACAGCACAAGCCUGCGCAGAACAAAUUGAUCAAUUGGAGAGCCGGUUGACUGCAAUGCGGGAGCGCGUGCACACUAGCUUGGACAAUCUGACUGGCUCCAUGGAGGUGUUAGAUCAAGGCAGACGUCAAGCAGAUGAGUUAAGCACGUGGAUUACACAAACUCUGGAGGCCUUAGAUCCAGCUCAAUUCGCCCGUUUACGUGAGAGUCAACUUUGCAAUAAGUUACAAGAUAUUCGGAGUCAGGUUGAAUCGCGAAAGAAACACUUGGCGGAACUGCAACAACUCCUAUCACGCCUUUCCACUUCAAGUCCAGUUCCAAUGAGGCAAGAGUUGCAGUCUUUGGUCGAUGGAAUGGAGAGGCGAAUAGGUGAAUUGGAAAGGAAAUUGCACACCAGUGAACAAGAUUUAGAGAAGCGUAAAUCUCAACACCAGCCUUACACGGAAGCGCUAGAACGUGUCAACAACUGGCUUAUUGACUUCGAGGGUCGUACGAACGGUCUUCCUGCGGUUGCCGUUUCCACAAAAGUAGUGCAACAACAGGUAACUGAGUUGGAACCAUUCUUGGACGAAUGGCGUGCACACGAAUCAGAUAUUUUGGAGGUGGAGAGAUUGGGCGCCGCGUAUGACCGUUUACGAGGUGCAUCGGGCACAGAUGGAGUCAUGAGUGAAGUUGCUCAUGAGAUAGAAGACUUACGUGAGCGAUACUCUCAGUUCGGAACGAAACUGACCGAUCGUAAGGCAGAACUGGAGACCACAGCCGGGGAUUUGCAUGCUUUAGAACAAAAGUAUCAAAGCUUGAUCGAGUGGUUGGACAAACGUGUUCAAGUGCUUGUGGGUCAGAGUGAACGAUUGGUUUCACUACAGGCCUUGAGUGAAGCUAGCGCACAGGCACAGCGAAUACAUGAUGAAAUUAGCGCUGGAAUGACUGGACUGGACGAGUUUCGUGAACAGGCCCUUGCGAUACUGCGCAAUCGGGAUUAUGCAAACGGUGCUGCUGAAAUACGUGCGGCCGUCACUGGCAUUGAGCGACAAUGGGCGACGGCCAUUAAUGUGGCCACUGAACGUCACAACUCACUGGUACUGUUGCUCAAAGAUAUCACAGAAUUCAAACGACUACAUGCUCGAUUGUUGCAAGAAUUGAAACAGAAAGCACUACUCAUUUCACAUACAACCCAAUCUGCCGACCAGAUGCCACUGGAUCGAGUGCGUACCGAAUUAGAACGGGUAAGAGUACAUUGGAAUCCUCAGAGCUCAGUAAGCUUCUUUCAAGCAAAUAAGUUAUCCGAUUCUCGGCCAUUUUGA